CUGUCAAUAUGUUCAAAGUAUCGCGUUUACUAAUCUGUUGCAUAAGCUGGAGGCGGAGAUUAAUAUUCUUAGGUCUCAUCAUCGCUAGUAGUCUGUUACUUAUCGGAAAAAUUCAUCGAGAACCUAAGAUUUAUCAUUGUUACAUGGAUGCAGAACAAAAGCCGAAUUCCAACGAAAAACAGUGGAUCUUAGGGGAUAUUUUAUUCACCAAAGAGAAACCCAAACCUGGGCGAACCAUAUUCUUUGUCGAAAGCAAAUGCAAUUGUUCAGACUCUGAAUAUAGUAUUCUUAACUUGCCAGCUCAUAGCGCCUGUGCCAUUGAAUCCGCAGCCUUGCAUCACCCAACCUAUGAUGUCUUUGUCCUGGUUGCCUGUCCAACAAUUCGUCAACAAACUGAUCCCAUACUUGAUGCUAUGCUCAGCUAUAAGAAUGUGAAGCUUCGCUAUGUUAAUCUGUGGCGAUUUGCAAAGGGAUCUCCUAUUGAAUAUUGGCUAACGAAGGAAGAUCUAUUUCGUACCAAAUAUUUGAUGGUCCACAUAUCUGAUUUGAUGCGAUUGCUGGCUUUAUAUCGUUACGGUGGCAUUUAUUUGGACGAAGAUCUGAUCGUGUUCCGCGCUUUGGAACACGACAACCCCAAUUUUAUGGGUGCAGAGAUAAAAAUAAGUAUUGGAAAUAGUGUGCUUGGCCUAGCGCCUGAUGGAUUUGGCCAUAUGUUGGCAGAGCUAUUUUUGAAUGAUUUUCAGCGCAAUUAUUUGGGCAAUGUCUGGGCUCACAAUGGUCCAAGGUUGAUGGAGCGAAUAAUGUCUCGAUUAUGUGGCACCAGUGAUGUUGCUGCUAUGCAAAAAAACAGCAAUCUUUGUCAUGGCGUCAAAGUAUUUAACGUCAGUUCCUUUUAUGAGAUAAAUUGGGUUGAAAGAUCCCACUUCUUUGAUGAGAAAUACGCUAAUGAAACGAUGAAACGUCUUGAAGCCUCGUUUGGAAUGCACACAUGGAACCAUAUGAAAACCAAAUGGCCGCUUAGCGUUAAUGCCAGAUCAGCAUACAUCCAGUUGGCAAAAAAGCAUUGUCCAAAGGUCGUAGCAGCCAGUGGAAAAUAUUUCACAUAGCUGCAAAUACAAAUA